GCAAAGGCUUGAAGAGGUGGGAGGUGGGUCCCUGCGCUCCUGCGCCAGGGCAGCCCUAGGGCGGUCCCCAGGCCUGUGGAACAGCUCCCGGGAAGAAGGUGGUGGUUGGAACCGCGACCUUGGCCAGACCUAGUUCGGUGGUGGACGUAGGGCGGAGGCGGAGGCCGAGCGCGGCAGGAGUCUUUGGCGAACCGGAGGGAGGCGCAUCUGGCGCUUCGGUACCAGUGGCAAACCAGGGUCUUGUAAGGCUGGAGAAGAGCGGGACUCAGACAAAACCAGCAGGUCUAGAGGGCGGACCCGUGGGUCUCCGAGCCCAGUUUUAGUCACCACCCGGAGCUAAGCCACGCGUCUUUUCCAGCAACCAGUUUCACGUGUGCGACAGUUUGCGGGUUCCAGGCAUUCCAGUAAUCUUGAGCCAGAGCCACAUCUCAGACCUCGCCUGGCAGAGGGACCAGCUGCAGGUUUCACCCACCUAACCUCCAGGUCAGAGUGCGGGGCCCCACCCUAAAGGAGGGCGCUGCCAGAGCUGGGCAACCGGUGCCGCGCUCCGGAGCUCGUGUCGUGGGCGCCGUCCUAGUGGCGGGGAGCGCACCGCCAAGGGGACAUGAGAUCGGAGAAAUCCCUGACGCUGGCGGCGCCGGGGGAGGUCCGUGGGCCGGAGGGGGAGCAACAGGAUGCCGGAGAGUUCCCGGAGGCCGCGGGCGGCGGCGGCUGCUGUAGUAGCGAGAGGCUGGUGAUCAACAUCUCCGGGCUGCGCUUCGAGACGCAGCUGCGCACCCUGUCGCUGUUCCCUGACACGCUUUUGGGAGACCCUGGCCGUAGGGUCCGCUUCUUCGACCCCCUGAGGAACGAGUACUUCUUUGAUCGCAACCGACCCAGCUUCGAUGCCAUCCUCUAUUACUACCAAUCUGGGGGCCGCCUGCGCAGGCCGGUCAACGUGCCCCUGGAUAUCUUUAUGGAAGAGAUCCGCUUCUAUCAGCUGGGGGACGAAGCCCUGGCGGCCUUCCGGGAGGAUGAGGGCUGCCUGCCCGAAGGUGGCGAGGACGAGAAACCACUCCCCUCCCAGCCCUUUCAACGCCAGGUCUGGCUUCUCUUUGAAUACCCAGAGAGUUCUGGGCCUGCCCGAGGCAUCGCCAUCGUCUCAGUGUUGGUCAUUCUCAUUUCCAUCGUCAUCUUUUGCCUGGAGACCUUGCCCCAGUUCCGUGCAGAUGGGCGUGGUGGAAGCAAUGAGGGUAGUGGGACCCGCAUGUCCCCGGCCUCCAGGGGGAGCCAUGAGGAAGAAGAGGAGGACGAGGAUUCCUAUGCAUUUCCUGGUGGCAUUCCCCCUGGGGGUGUGGGGACUGGGGGAACGUCCUCAUUCAGUACUCUUGGGGGUUCCUUCUUCACGGACCCCUUCUUUCUGGUGGAAACUUUGUGUAUCGUCUGGUUCACCUUUGAGCUCCUGGUGCGCUUCUCUGCCUGUCCUAGCAAGGCGGCCUUCUUUCGCAAUAUCAUGAACAUCAUUGACUUGGUGGCCAUCUUCCCCUAUUUUAUUACCCUGGGCACCGAGCUAGUGCAACGCCACGAGCAACAGUCCAUGAGUGGUGGCAGUGGCCAAAAUGGGCAGCAGGCCAUGUCGCUAGCCAUCCUCAGGGUGAUCCGCCUGGUCCGGGUGUUCCGCAUCUUCAAGCUUUCCCGCCAUUCCAAGGGGCUGCAGAUUCUGGGUAAGACCUUGCAGGCGUCCAUGCGGGAGCUGGGGCUGCUCAUCUUUUUCCUCUUCAUUGGAGUCAUCCUCUUCUCCAGCGCUGUCUACUUCGCAGAGGCGGACGAUGAUGAUUCGCUCUUCCCUAGCAUCCCAGAUGCCUUCUGGUGGGCUGUGGUUACAAUGACCACAGUAGGUUAUGGAGAUAUGUACCCCAUGACGGUAGGGGGCAAGAUCGUGGGUUCACUGUGCGCCAUUGCUGGGGUUCUCACCAUUGCACUGCCGGUACCGGUCAUCGUCUCUAAUUUCAACUACUUCUACCAUCGAGAGACGGAGCAGGAAGAGCAAGGCCAGUAUACUCACGUCACUUGUGGGCAGCCUACACCGGACCUGAAGGCAACAGACAAUGGGCUUGGCAAACCUGACUUUUCUGAGGCUUCACGAGAACGGCGGCCUAGCUACCUUCCAACUCCACAUCGAGCUUAUGCAGAGAAAAGGAUGCUCACCGAGGUUUGAUGGAUGCAGGCAGGGCCUGCAGGAAAAUGGGAGCUCUGAGAAAGCCAUCUCUCAGGCUUCCUUCUCAUGCUCACUACUCCUGUCAUAGCUCCAGAGGACCUCGAACCCCCUUCCCCGUACCCAAUACAUGGCAUCCUGGACCAAAUACCUGGACUGUAGACUGUUGCUCAGUCCUCGAAGUAUUCGAGGUUUCUCCAUCUUAGUGACAUUUUGGAAAUUUCAACGGUGCCGCCCAAUCAUACCCAUCUGUCAAGUGGAUGAGAUACACAUUUCUGCCUGACCUUCACUCAAGACUGAAUUUUCAUGCCUGAGUCUUGUAAUAUCACUAGGAAUGGUGACAUCAAUAGAAUAGAAAGCUGCUACACUCAGGUCCCUUCUUUAGCGUCCUUUGCUUUGGGUCAUGCACCUUUCUGAUCUUCUGGUCACUUGGUCACUGAGAAGAAUCUUGAGAAUGGAAAAGACUUCAAC